CACGAGGCUUCCUGGAGGCUGGAUUGGGAGGCGGACCCCAGCAGCGCCGCCCUCGGGAUCGACGUCCCCCUCAACGACACGGGGAGCAACGGCACGUCCUUCAACUCGUCCGACUACGAGUACGACUACGACGACUCCCUCGGCACCUUCUACUGGGAGGAGCUGGCGCCGCCGUUGGUCGUGUAUGCCCUCACCUACAUCGUGGGCGUGGUGGGCAACGCCCUCAUCAUCUUCACCAUCUGCCGCUACCGCCACCUGAAGACGACUACCAACGUCUUUCUGGCGUCCUUGGCCACCGCCGACCUGCUGCUCAUCCUCAUCUGCAUCCCCGUCAAGCUCGCCCGCCUCUUCUCCUUCUCGUGGACUCUGGGUGCAUUCAUGUGCAAACUCAUCUUUUACCUGCAAACUCUGUCAGCCGUGUGCUCCGUCCUCACACUGACUGUCAUGAGCGUGGAAAGAUACUACGCCAUCGUCUACCCGAUGCGCGCCCACUACAGGUGCACCAUCUCGCAGGCCAAGAAGGUGUGUGCUUUCAUCUGGGCGACGUCGGUGGUGCUGGCCACGCCCAUUCUACGGCUGCAGGUGCACCUGCCGGUGGGCCUGCGCGUGAGGGCCUUCUGGUGCGUCCGCGACUUCGACGCCCCCCUCCUGUGGCGCGGCUACGAGACCUACAUGCUGGUGCUGGUGCUGCUGGUGCCCGCCUGCGUCAUGGCCGCCGCCUACGCCGCCAUCUGCAGGACCAUCUUGCGCAUGGUCGUGCAGCGCCGCUCCAUCACGGGCAAGGGCCAGAUGUAA